CUGGGUAGGGUUCUAGGAGGAGAGAAUGAGAACGGCGACGAUCGCCCUCUGGCGAGCUUCCAGCUCGAUUCACAGAGGUAUGCAGCGGGCGGCGAGCGUCCCGCAAUCACAGCCGGCGGCAUUGCUCCAUUGCCGGAAGAUCAGCGAGGAGGCGCGGAAAUAUCGUGUGCCGACGCCAAUGGCGGGCUGGGCGCGCGGAUUUCCUCUUCCCAAGGGCGUCGAGCCUUCGUCCCGGGACUGGCGGAGGAAAUCUGUGAAGGUAAAGAAGAAUCGCAGAUCUUUCUGUCCCUACACGAUCAAAGCCAGGCGCGUGUACAGCAGGGUGAGAUUUGAAGCUCAGGAGAGGCGGCUCAAAAGGGCUGCCGAUCGCGAGGCUGCUGCCGCCGCUGCUGCUGCUGGAAACAAAGAUGGAGGAGAGGAUGCGCCCCGGAUGGAUCGAAGCCACAGCGAGCAGCAUUUCUCCAGUAGAGCUGCUCCGGGCUUGGAUUUCUACUCGAGGUUUGUCAAGCCCAGCGGACGUAACGAGCUUGUGCCGGCGGCAGUGGCACCACCCAACUUUCCUGCCUAUUGCAAGCCGGUGGUGAAGAAGAUCGAUUCAUGGAGAGCUCCGUGGACGCGGCCAUUCAAGAAACCCAGGCAGGAUUAUCAAGUUGGAAGGCCGAGGCCACUGCCAAAAGCCGCUGCUCGAGCCGUGAGAAGCGAUCGAGAGGUUGCGAAGGUGAAGGGCCGCGAGAAGAAACUCAAGAGGCUUGCUAGAGGAAAGAUCGUCAAUCCCAAGCAAAGGAUGGAGUACACUUGAGAGAGGUAAGAUGGUGAUGAAGAUGGAUUCAAUUGUAGUAGUUAUCGUAGUCGCAGUUAAACAAGAUCUCAUCAUCGGCAUCCACUCCGAGGCAGUCUGAGAGAUCAAUCGACGCCGGCUUUCCGCCACAAACAACAGAGAUCUCUGUUCCUUGGAUCGUGAGUGUCGAAGUCUGGCAGCUUGUUACAAAGUUGUGGCUGGCAUCCCCGCACUGGAGCUCGUUGUUCUCGUACUGCAAGAGAACCUGGAGGUGGUAGCGGUCACUAAACCAGUUGCCGUGCGCGCGGCAAGUCACGUAGAGGUAAUCUUCGCUGCUGUCGUAGUGGAUAUCCCGGCACUCGGUACUGUUGAAAGUUUUGACAUCGCAGUUCUGCAAGCCACAGAGACGAGACAAGACGUCAAGAAGUGAUGCGGUGAUUAUCAAGCAUCAAACUUACAGCGCUAACUUGUUGGAGCACAGCUGCUGUCACGACGAAGGCCAGGAUCGAAGUUUUCAAGGAGCCCAAGAACAAAGCCAUCCUCUCGAGCUCGAAAGGAAGACUGUGCGUUAUAAAAGAAUGCUAGAAACUCC